ACAGGCACUUCUGUGGUCAGCUGCAGUCGCGGGUCCUGGUCCUGGAGGUGACAUUCACUCGGCUAGCAGGAGCCGGGGAAGCAGUUAGCAUCGACAAACACGUCAACAUGGCACAAGCAAUGCAAAAGCUGGUCGCUAAAGUACCUACUCUAGUCGGCGCCGCUGUCACCUACUCCAAACCCCGGCUAGCAACCUUCUGGCACUAUGCCCGUGUUGAACUUGUCCCCCCUUCCCCUGCCGAGAUCCCCAAGGCCAUCGAGGGGGCCACAAACCUCAUCAAGGGUGUCCAGACAGGACGUCUCGGUCAGACAACAGUAAAGGAUGCUUUCAGGAAUGGACUGGUGGCCACUGAAGUGUUGAUGUGGUUCUACAUUGGAGAGUGCAUUGGCAAAGGAGGCAUCAUUGGCUAUGAUGUCUAAAUUUAGGACUGAUAAGCUUUUUUUUUUUUCUCUUGAGCAUUGUAUGCUCAACUUCUUGCAAGAAUCCUGGGAACCAAUAAACAGAUGUCUAUUGUCCAAAAAA